CAGCUGGUGUGAAAGUGAAACCUGUUCUGACUGAAGGUGAUCAGCUGAUCGUCAGCCGCAGACUCUUCUGUCAUCAGUUUACACACACAUUCAUUAUUCAUCGAUAACAAGCUGCAACUCUCUCUGUUUACAGAGACAGCAGACGACACAACAACGCAGACAUGCUGUCUGUCCCCUGUCCUCUGUCUGUGGCGUCUCUGUGGUUUUAUUGUUUUAAUUUGAUCUUUUUUACGAGACGAGAAAAAAAAUCAGCAUUAUAUUUUUCCUACAGAGGUCCGGGCGAAGCCCCCGAGUCCUCUAACCCGAGACACGGUCCUGCUGUCAUUCAUGUCCAGGUGUGUUUUCCUCCCUCGGUGUCGUCUGCAGGUGAACUUCGUGGCGUGUCAGCUCUGCGCUCUGCUGUCGGCCUUCUGGUUUCGUCUCUUCCUUCAUCCCAGUAAAACCAGUCCCUUCAUCCGGCACGUGGUGGCCACUUUACUGGGACUCUACUUCGCUCUCUUCUGCUUCGGCUGGUACGCCCUUCACUUCCUGGUUCAGAGCGGACUCACCUACGGCAUCAUGAUCCUGACCGGAGUCCAGCACAUGCACAAGUACUGCCUCCUGGUGGCUCUCAGCUACCUGAGUCUGUGCCAGAUCACCCGAGUCUACGUCUUUGACUACGGCAUGUACUCUGCUGACUUCACAGGGCCGAUGAUGGUGAUCACACAGAAGAUCACCAGCCUGGCGUUUGAGAUCCACGACGGAAUGGCACGAAAAGAAGAGCAUCUGACUCCAGGACAGAAGAUUUUGGCGAUAAGGAGGAUGCCCAGUCUGCUCGAGUACUUCAGCUACAACUGUAACUUCAUGGGGAUCCUGGCCGGACCCACCUGCUCCUACAACGACUACAUCGCCUUCAUCGAGGGAGAUCCCCGCCGCCACAGAGAGCCAGAGACCGACAGGAAGUCCAAGCGGAGGCAGAGCGAACCGUCGCCAAACGUGGAGGUGGUCCGUAAAGUGGCCACCUCCUUCUUCUGCCUGCUGCUCUUCCUGUCCGUCUGUAAAGUUUUCCCCGUGGAGCGAAACAUCGACGACGACUUCAUCGCCAACAUGCCAUUCUACGCUCAGGUGGUCUACCUGUACCUGUCCAUGCUCACCACCAGACCCAAGUACUACUUCGUGUGGACGCUCGCUGAUGCCAUCAACAAUGCCGCCGGUUUUGGCUUUAACGGUUACGACAGUGACGGCUCUCCUCGCUGGGACCUCAUCUCUAACCUGAGGAUCCUGAACAUCGAGUUAGCAACCAGCUUCAAAGUUUUCCUCGACAACUGGAACAUCCAGACGGCUCACUGGCUCAAAAGGGUAUGUUACGAGCGAUGUCCCUACCACCCGACAGCAGCCACCUUCAUCCUGUCAGCCAUGUGGCAUGGAGCGUAUCCAGGAUACUACCUCACCUUCCUCACGGGCAUCGUCAUCACGCUGGCUGCCAGAGCGGUGAGACAUAACGUUCGACCGCACUUCCUCCAAUCUCCGACCCACAAACUGGUCUAUGACGUCAUCACGUGGGCGGCCACUCAGAUCGCUAUCUGCUACACGGUGGUGCCUUUCGUCCUGCUGUCCGUGGGUCCAUCAAUUAAGUUCUACAGAUCCUGGUACUUCAGCCUCCAUAUCGGCUGUGUUCUGCUCGCCGUGGCGCUGCCGGUCAAACCGCGACAUCUCCGCCUCAAAGACCAGCAGAAGAGCGUUUUCCAGGAGCCGGUCCAGCGCCGCCCGGAGGCCACAGACUGCAACUGCAGCCAGAAAGAGAAGACCACAUGAGGACGAGGACCCUGCCGACAUUUUGUUUUUCAUAAACUUGUACAGAAAGAUGAGGAGGUGAACGGACCGUCCUCCUGUCCGCCGUACAGAGAGGUAAACCUGUAUUAUUUGGACCGACAGGACGAUAAAACGGCCGCCGUCGUACCUGAUGAUCUCACAACACCUAUAAAGAAGUGCGACUGCCAGGAAAGCGUUUGGACUCAAACUAACAAACACAUGUCAACAUUUUUUGGAUCAAUCUGCAGUGAUGGAGGACACACAUAUAAACACACAUAUACAUACUGUAACUUCGUACGCAGCAGCUGCCCCGGACAGUCAUCAGUCUGCUCUGCCGUCAGAAACCUGCGGACCGUCCUCCUGCAGAAAUACAUGAAACAACGGAGGAACAAAUGAAGGAUGAACGGGAAACUGACUGAACAAUCACACGAACGGAAGAAAGCAGUGAAACACCCACACACGUAAAAAACCACAAACGUAAUAGAAAUCUGCAGCUUUUAAUGAAGGCUGAUGAUCCCACAA